AUGCUAGUGGAAGGUGGUGGAAACUUGAAGAGACGGGACUCGUGGGAGAUCUUUGGGUCAGUGGGGUGUGAUCUAGAAGAGGAUUGUGGGCCUCAGUCAGGAGGUUCAAGAUCUUUAAGCCAUGAGACGGGCAACCACACAGUGACAGAGUUCAUCCUGUUGGGAUUCACAACAGAUCCUGAGAUGCAGCUGGUCCUGUUUGUCAUGUUCUUUGGAGUGUAUUCUGUGACCUUGUUAGGAAAUACCACAUUCAUAGUGUUGAUCUGCAAGGACUCCCAGUUCCAAACACCCAUGUAUUUCUUCAUUGGAAAACUGUCUUUUCUGGAUCUCUGGCAUUCCUCUGUCUACACCCCAAAGAUCCUAAUGACUUGCAUCUCUGAUGACAAAAGUAUCUUAUUUGUUGACUGCAUAGUUCAGUUCUUCUCUGCUGUGCUGGGAUAUACUGAAUAUUUUCUGCUGGCUGCCAUGGCUUAUUAUCACUAUGUAGCCAUCUCAAAGCUACUGUUUUAUUCUCAGGCUAUGUCAGGGAGAUUGUGCUUCUGUUUGGCCAUAUAUUUCUAUACUGGAGGUUUUAUCAAUAAAACAGUUUUUUUUUUUUUUCUUUCACAG